AUGUUAGAUCACAGUUAUGAAAUAGAGACUAACGUUAGUUCAUUAAACAUGUCGACUUCUUCUUCAAGUUCUAUAUCAUCAGCAAAAUCUGGAAGUAAAAGUCAAUCGUUGAAUACGAUUGAAUCUAGUGUUACCAGACUUUUAGUCUCAACAAAACAUUUAUUGGAGAGUCUAACGCAGUGGGCGAGAAGGGAAGCUGACGACAAGUUUGUCUCAGAUGCUUAUGUUAAAUUAGGAAACGACUUUCGUGCUGCAUCUAGAGCAUUUACAAAUGCAGGAGUUGAUAUUUCUGAUAUUGGUGAUGUGCCUCAAGCGUUAAGAAUUAUUUUGGAGGCUGCGUUGAGUGAAGCUCCUACCCAAGGAAACCUAGAUAGAUUUUUGCCAAAUAUCAGAAACAUAAUUGUAACAUUGUUACAAAACUUGAAAAAUAAACAAGUGAAGGCAAAAUCUUUAUCAUAUGAAAAGCAACAAAAGGAAAAGCCCGAUGGCAUAGAAAAUACUACUAACUCUAAGACUGUAUCGGUUCCUAUUCGAAAUCAAGAAUCGACUACUAGUAGGCCGCCUAGAUCACUGCAAGGAAGCCUGAAUGAUGCAUUAGUACAGCUCCAAAAGGGUAAUUCUUUGCAACGCCGUGCUUCGAAAAGAUUCAGUGCCUAUCAAUAUGCUAAACUCACAAAUCAUUCACCUAACAAUAACUUGGCAAGAAUCGUAUCGACGGAAUCCUACAAAAUACCCGAGGAACCGACACUGAAGUCUGAUGUGAAUGAAACACUCAACAGCUCUGAUUUCCAAGAGAGUGGCACUACUCAUAUAUUCCUUAGAAUUAAUAAUAGAACCAAGAAGGUUAAUAUUAGAUUACCGGUUACUUUUGCUGCAUUGCGUUUACUUUUUGUUGAAAAAUUUGCCUAUUCACCAGGUACUUCAUCCUUUCCUGAAAUUUAUAUGCAAGAUCCACAAACUGGAGUCUCUUAUGAGUUGGAAGAACAUUUGUUAGAAGUUGAUGUAAAACAAGGUAGUGUUUUAUGCUUGAACGAGCCAGAAACACUGACAGUCAUUUUGAAACAACUUGAAGAUAAAAUUCAAAAUCUAAACACCAAAUUUGAUGAAGUCAAUUCAAAUACACUUACUGAAUUGAAAAAUACCAUUAAAUCUAUUCAAUUGAACCCUCCUUCGCCUGUGGUGAGCAAGGAACCUCAUCUUUCUUCUAAUCCAAGCUCAAUAAAUAAGGAAGAUUUCAAAGAAUUGGAAAGUAUUCAGACAGAAUUGAGAGUUAUUAGACAGACUCAAAAUGCCAAUAGAGCAGGUAUAAAAGAAUCUGUUACUCACUUGUUAAGAAGGGUAAAGGAUUUUCAAGAGAGUGGUCUUAAUGUUUCAAAGUCAUCAAACAGAGCCUAUAUGGACUCCUGUAAUACUAAAUUAUCUGAAGGUUCAGAUUCUUUAUUGACGAAGGUUGAUGACUUACAAGAUAUAAUGGAGGCUUUAAGAAAAGAUGUUGCUCAAAGAGGCGUUAGAGUUGGCGAACAGCAGCUUAAGAACACGUACAAAGAAAUUGAAAAGGCUAGGGAUUCUUUGAAAGGUAUGACAGAUUACAUUGAUAGGGAAAAAAUGCAAUGGAAGAAAAUUUGGGAAAGCGAGUUAGACAAAGUUUGUGAAGAACAACAAUUUUUCAACUUACAAAGUGAUUUGACCCAUGACCUUGAAGAUGAUAUUAAAAAGAUUGAAGAAACAUUUAAUUUAAUAGAGCAAUGCUCUCUUGAACAAAGUAAACAAAAUGCUUAUAAACGAAAUAAAUUUGUGUCGCAACUAUAUAUUCCCGAACCAGGUGAAAGCUUUCACAGCAUAAAAGAUGAAGUUUUAAAUGAGGUUGCCGCCUUAAAACCAGAUCAUGAAAAACGUUUACAAGCCAUAACCAAAGCAGAAAAAAUAAGAGAGAAAGAAAGAGAAAUGAUGAGACUCGAUAAGUUUCAAGAAGAAUUGGGAGAUUUCGUUGAUGAUAGUAAGUUGAAGAAAUCAGGUGGUAUAGAUGAAUUGGAAAGAAUGAGACAGCUCAGAGAUAAUGAAAACUUAAAAAGCUCUUUCGGAAUAAUUUAA